AUGGACACAGAGAGCAGCCAUGCGCAGGAACAUGAUUUCGCGCAAACUUCCUGGCUUGAUAUAGGUGGAUUCAGUCCCUCCGAGCAAUCUCCAACGCUGGAUUAUCAAGCAUUUGGAUACGGAGUCGUACCACUAGACCCGUCCUAUGGCGUCGAUAUCCCUCCACCUUAUGAGACAUUACCAAUAGCCAUGCCUCCACCCCCGAGUUCCUGGCCUAGUAUGCUUUCGAAUCAAGGGCCGUUCCCAGAACCGGGCAUGCCAGCUGUACCCUUGAUGCAGGCACCACCCACACUUGCCCCAGUGCCAACCAUUCCAGCAAUCCCUCGCAAGGCUUCCACUAGCAAGGCAUCUACCGGCAAGUCGAGCACCGGCAAAUCAUCCACCGGCAAGUCGUCCAGUGGAAAGUCGAAUAGCAACCCAACGCCACGCAGGACUCUCACGGAUGAAGACCGUCGGCGGAUGUGUCUUUAUCACGAGGAGAAUAAGACAGCCAAGCAAACAGACAUUGGAGGCAUUAUUCGGUGUCGAGAGAAGUACUGUUUCAAAGGUCCUGCGGCAGAAAGAUAA